CUCCACCGCGCCUUCCAGUCUCUCGCCGCGCUCGCUCGCUUGUCCCUCUUCCCCCCUUUUGCCUCCCGCCUCCUCCCCGCGCGCACCAUGUCUUCCUUCAAGCAGGAGCCACACAAGCUUUUAGUCAUCCCCGGCCCCAUCGAGGUCGCAGACGACGUCCUCUAUGCCAAUGCACACCCCUCCAUGUCCCACAUGUCCGCGGACUUUGUCCCCGUUCUCGGCGACUGCCUCCGCAUGACCCGCCAGGUCCUCUACUCCACCACCGCACAGCCCUUCAUCAUCGCCGGCUCUGGAACCCUUGGCUGGGAUCAGGUCGCCGCCAACCUGGUAGAACCCGGCGAGAGCGUCCUGCUCCUCAACAGCGGCUACUUUGGCGACAGCUUCACAGAAUGCCUCCAAGCCUACGGCGCCAACGUCGAUGAGGUCCGCGCCGACUUUGGCACCGCCGCCGACCUCGACGAGGUCGCAAAGGCGCUCUCUGCCAAAAAGUACAAGCUCGUCGCCUUCACCCACGUCGACACCUCCACCGGCGUGCUGUCCGACGCCAAGGCCGUCGCCGCCACCGUGCAGAGAGUAUCCCCGGACACCCUGGUCGUCAUGGACGCCGUGUGCUCCGUCGCGAGCGAGGACAUCCGCAUGGACGCGUGGGGCCUCGACGUCGUGCUCACCGCCAGCCAGAAGGGCCUCGGCACCCCGCCCGGCCUCAGCAUCCUCGUCGCCAGCCAGAAGGCCCUCAAGGUCUUCGAGGCCCGCACGCGCCCCGUCGCGUCCUACUACGCCAGCUGGAAGAAGUGGCUCCCCGUCAUGCGCGCGUACGAGGCCGGCAGCGCGGCGUACUUCGCGACGCCGCCCGUGAACCUCAUCUACGCGUACCACGCGUCGCUCACGCAGAUCACGCGCGGCGCGCCGUCGCUCGAGGAGCGCUUCGCGGCCCACCGCCGCGCGAGCGCGCGCAUCAAGGACGCGUGCGCCGCGCUCGGCCUGCGCCAGCUCCCGCGCGACCCCGCGUACGCCGCGAACGGCAUGACCGCCGUGUACUUCCCCGCGGGGCUCGCCGCGCCCGACGUCGUCCCGCGCCUGCUCCAGAAGGAUGUCGUCGUCGCGGGCGGCCUGCACAAGGACCACAAGGACAAGUAUUUCCGCAUCGGCCACAUGGGCAUCACCGUCACGCACGAGGAGCGCGGCGACAUCGACCGGAUCGUCGCGGCGCUGCGGGAGACGUUCGCAGAGGCGGAAGCAAGUAAGAAAGCGUGAGAGCCGCAGCGUCGCAGUCGUGUCAGAAUGUCCGUUAUUGAACUCGUGUCGCGCACACCGUCUCUCCCCCCCCGCACAUGUUGUGUCCGUUAGUGUUUCCCGCAGAAUCCUCGGGCCCCUGUUGCACUCCCGGAUGUGAUGCGAUCCGUCCAGAGUAAGGCAAGAAAAAGAAUCAAAGCCCGCGAUUCAAGAUGGCGCAUGGGCCGCGCACGCAAAAAUACGACGAAGUUCCCGGGGCUCGGAAGCCAUGAAGUGAAAAGUUGAACUUGAUUCUCGCGCAAGCAAAGUCAAAAAGUAAAGCCAUAUAAGGCUGCUGGCCCGACGAGCCGCGAAUUAAUGUGAGGGCCCCUCGUCAUCCGUGGAAAGAUGCCAGUCUGAAAAACAGAACAGUGCGAUGGGAAAUGAUAUAUAGGUGUACAUUACUUUGCUGGCUGCUAUUGGACGUGUGCGUGCGUCUAGAAAAAAGAGUAUUAUGGGUACAGAAGCUC